CUCUUCGAUAAUAUCAUGAGGAAGAAUAUGAAUACUCGUAUCAAUGGGACAAAUGUCAUUCUGGUACCGUAUCAAGAGAAGCACGUCGUAAAGUAUCACGAAUGGAUGAAGAAUCCAACGUUGCAAUAUUUGACAGGCUCCGAACCGUUAACGUUAGAAGAGGAGUUCGAGAUGCAAAAGCGGUGGCUCGACGAUGAAGAUAAGUGCACCUUCAUUAUUCUGGAUAACUGUGUCUUCCUGUCCACUGGAAGCGAAAUAGAUGCCAUGAUAGGAGACACGAAUUUAUUCUUUAACGAUUCGCAAGAAUCAAAUAUUGCCGAAAUAGAGAUUAUGAUAGCUGAUGAGGCACAUCGAGGCAAAAAGAGAGGCUGGGAGUCUGUUAUUCUUAUGAUGCAUUAUGGCUUCGAAACAUUGAAUAUUAAUAAAUUUCGUGCCAAAAUCAAAUCAGACAAUGUAAUGAGCAUAAAUAUGUUUGAGAAGCUUGGUUUUCGAGAAAAGAGACCAUUGCUGUACAACUCGAUAGUAUAUGGUUCCUUCUUCACGGGUGCCGAGUUUAUUCGACAGAGUUUCAGUAAUGCAUCCAAGCUGCCAAUUGCCGAAAAAUCGAAAAAUUCCGCCGAUACCAAAGGGCCGAUAUUAAUGCAGGUACAAAGAUUUUGUGAAACAUUGAAUCUUGUAGAUGAAGAUACUUCGAUGCAAUCAACGAAUUAUAAUUGGUCCCAGUUGAAGAGAUAUGCAAUCUAUGGCUGCUUCUUGGCCGGACCAAUAUUAUAUAGAUGGUACAAAUGGCUCGACACAUUUUAUAGCGGAACAUCUGUUAGAACUGUGCUGAUGAAGCUCUUUGCGGAUCAAUUUAUCUUCACACCGCCGUUACUUAUGUUAUUUUUUAUUAGUAUGAGUUUGAUGGAAGCUAAGUUGGAUAUCUUUCGAGAAUGCAAACUCAAGUUUCUGCACACUUUUCAGACUUCGUGCGGAUAUUGGCUACCGGUACAACUUGUGAACUUUAUGCUAGUUCCGCCGUCUUUACGAGUGACGUAUGUUAGUAUUGCUUCCUUCUGCUGGAUCAAUAUUCUCUGUUACUUAAAGAACGUAUCUAUCGUUGAAUAUGAGCAGAGAAAAUAAAAUAUUGAAAAUCCACGUUAUGCGUACAUAUCAACAUUAUGUACCUGAAGAAGUAAAUAAGAUACUCUCAUUAAGAUUGGAAGCUUAUCCAUUUCUUUUGGCUUGAUAUUAUAAUGUUGUUGCUAUCGAUGAAACUAUUCCAAGAGAUAUCAGAAUAAUAUUUAAUGCAUAAUUAGCAUAUGUAGACAAAUGUUUGGCAUUUAUUUCCAAAGAUAGUUUUAUUUACAGGAACACAACGUGUUGUGUUGGGAUUGAGUAUAGUUAUUUCUCUUCAAAAAAAUAAUGAGAAUGAAGAUGCUAGGCCCUCAGAAUUUAUUAUUUAUAUACAGAAUAUAUCAUUGUCACUUGCAGCCUUAUGUCAAUGAGAGAUGGUUUAAACAAACCAGCUGAGAUUAAGAAAUAUAGAUACAAAAAAACAGAAAUAAAAUACUGUAUAU